CAAGACAAACCAAUAUUUAACUCACAGCAAACAAAAUAACAAAAAAAUAUAAAAUAAACAACAAAUACAUGAGGACAUACAUACAUGCAAACAACAACAAUAAGUAUGCCACUAUCAACUAGCAAUAACAAUACAAAAACAAUAGUAAAUAGUAAAACUAAACCCUGUUGCAUAUGCACCUUUACAAAACCGGUCACGUCAAUCCCAACUAUAAGAGACCUCAAGUAAAGUUCAAAGUGCAACAGUAUUCAACUGAACAUUCAAACGUACGUACGCACGCACGCACAAACUCAUACCUUUCAGAAAGAUUAAAGAAAACCUUAAAAUGCAUUUAAAACGAAUAAUUGAAAUAAUAUUCAAUACAUUUUUAAUGAUGCAACUUAUACAUGCCACACCAUAUUCCUGGGGCACACAUCACAGCAACUACGAUGCUAGUUUAGAUCCAAUAGCAUGGUCUCGAAAUUUUGUCAAGGAUACUAUAAGGAAACCUCGCCUCUAUAGAACAAAUUCCUUGGAACAUAACUCUAUAGAUGUAGCAGAUGAUGAUUUUCCCAUACAAAAUUAUGGUGGAUUUGGUAAAAGACGUUCUUCACGGGGUAAUUUUGCGAAUGAUAUUUCUAAUAAUUGGUAUUCGAAUCCAAAAGUAUUUAUUCAUCAUGGAAAGUAUAACAAUAUGCAAAAACGCAUGAACCGCAGAAGGCAGAAAUUGAAUGCUCGUCAUCGUUAUGGUUUGGUUUAAGAAGAUUGGUUUCUGGAUUAGAUUGAACAGCUGUGGAAAUAGUAUGUAAGAAAAAUAUGUAAAGUGAUCAAUAUUUAAGUAGAAUUAAAUAAGAAUGAUGUGACUUUUAGUAAUUAACUUAAGUUUAAGAUUUAUUUUAGAAAAGUACAAGUAUUAAUAAAAACAGUG